GUCCCGAGCUAGGCACUGUGCUGAGCUGUGCUAAACUGUGCUGAUUGCGUCACGGCGCUGCGGAGCCCCCGUGCUGUCCAUCCCACACAUACACACUCUCUCUCUCUCGCUCACUCACUCACUCAUGGCCACAGUGAGGGAGAAAGCGGCAGCCCUCAGUGUGUCCCCGGCGGCGCUCGGCCCCCAGCGCAGAGCACCAGAUAAUGGGAUGGCCAACAAACCAUUCCGGGCGACGUUCAUUUGGAGCAGCAUCAUCAACAGCCUACAUACGAGCGUGGAGGUGAAGCGAAGGCGCCACAACCUCAAGUUCCACAAUGACUGCUUCCUUGGCUCGGAGGCUGUGGAUGUCAUCCUGGCCCACCUCAUCCAGAACAAGUUCUACGGGGAGGCUGAGAUUCCCCGGGCCAAGGUUGUGCGCGUGUGCCAGGCUCUAAUGGACCGCAAGGUGUUUGAGCCAGUGGGUACCAAGGUGUUUGGCAAGGAGAAGAAGCGUGCCGCAUUUGAGGAUAGCAGCUGCAGUCUUUACAGAUUUCCAAAUACUCAGGCUCCCUCUACGAACAAUCACGAAAGUGGAUAUCACUCUUCCGGUACUCCGAGAACAAUCUACACCACGCCAUGCCAUGCAGGGCAAGAAGAACCGCUGUAUUCAAACACUGUGCCUGUUACAAGUGACAAGUCUUUGGAGGACCUCCUGGGGAAUGUGAACCUGAAUCCAAACAAUAUGUCGCAGGUUAUGAACCCUGAAUUAUCGGAGACAUUGGUCAGUGAAGUGUGGCAGGAGCAGACUGUGCUGCGCCUGCUGCAGCUGAUCGAGCUCCCUCUGCUGGACAGCCUGUUGGAGGGGCAACAGCCCCUGGUACGCAGCACAGACAGCGAUCCUGAUCUCUGUACCACCAGCUACUUGGACCGGGAGAUCCUCAAGGCCUUCAGUGACUCUCAGGCAGACUACUGGCUCUCGGCUGCAGUCGACUGCCUUGAGUUCCUGCCCGACCAGCUAGUGGUGGAGGUCAGUCGCGGGCUGCCCAAGUGCUCGGAGGAUUCCCAGCAGUGCAAGCGGCUUCUCUUUGACAUCUUAGCAAAGCAUUACAGCCAGUCGCAGCAACCGCCACUACUCACCAACCGCCUGUUCGACAUCCACACCGGCAUCACCGAGCUGCUGGUGAAUGGAAAGCUGGAACAGGCCUUGGAGGCGCUGCAGUUGUGUCUGAAGCUGCUAGAUGCACAAAGUCGUGAGGAGCUGCGCAGACUCCUGUGCUUCAUGGCAGCAGCUGCAGACCCACGCGAGGUCAAAUUACACAGAGAGAUUGAGAACAGGAUGGCUGUGAAACGGGCAUUUUCCAGGGCCAUUGUUAAUAGUAAGAAUCUGGCAAAAGGGAAGAUGGACCUACUGGUGCUGUUCAUGCUUGACAAUCAUGCUGAUGUCUUCAAGAUUCCUGGAUCUUUGCACAAACUGGUCAGUGAUAAGCUUGCAAACCUCAUACAAGGAAAAGAUCCAGAUGCAGUAACAGGCUCUACGUUUUGUCAGCGAGUCACAGGCAAAGCUUACGUGGAAAACAUUCACAAAACUACACAAGAAGAGCUCUGGGCCUUACUCAGGACUAUUCAUGAAAACCCAAAGCUUUCUGCCAAAGAGAAGAAACGUUUACUUGGGCAGUUUUACAAAGGACACCCAGAGAUUUUCAUUAAGUAUUUUGAAAUCAGAACUUCUUCUGUAAAUGCAUAA